AUGAAGCGCUUACUGACAUCGCACGCAGACGCGAAUGGCAGUCUCGACACCGAUGCGGUGACUGCUGGCUUGCUUCAGUACCGAAACACGCCAGACCCUCAGACCUGCUACCCAUCGCCCCAGGAACGCAGGUGUAUUGGCUGUCUCACCAGGUUAUUGGCUGUCUCACCAGGUGUAUUGCCUGUCUCACCAGGUGUAUUGGCUGUCUCACCAGGUUAUUGGAUGUCUCACCAGACGACACCAACUAUCACGGGCUCCGCUACUGUUGUUACUACUGCUGUUACUACUGCUAUUACUACUGCCACUAUCAUGAAGACUACCUUGGCCUCGCUACUGCUGUGUGUACUUAUCACAGUCACAGCCUCUCCGGUCUCCAAGGAUGCUACAGUCAUCUCCCAGGUCUCCGCAGAUGAUCCAGCCUCCAGUGAGAUCUUCAAAGAUGCUAUGGUCAUCUCCAGAGAAGCCCCAGAUUCCAGUCAGGUCUUCAGGGAUGCUGCAGCCAUCUCCGAGGUCACCGGAGGUAUCCCAGAGCAGUUCAACUUCCCCGAUGAUGCUGUGGCAUUCCUCGCGAGUGGUGCCCCAUCAUCCAACCAGGAUUCCCAGGGUGACUCGACACGGAAAGGACGUUUCUUCAUUCCCAUCUUAAUCAAUACAACAGCCCUGAGCAUCCUCACAGGGGUGAACAACAACCCCUGGCGCAAGCCGUUCAUCCCAUUUAUCUGUCCAGGUCUUAUAUGUAAUUCUACAGUGUGGCCCUGGCCAGUGCUAAGGAAGUAA